AUGCCUUCUGAGAGCACUUCCAGUAGCUACCACUCCAAGGACACAACUCUGACCAAGAUUUUUGUCGGAGGUCUUCCCUACCACACUACAGAUGUGAGUCUUCGCAACUUCUUCGAGCAGUUCGGGGAGAUAGAGGAAGCGGUCGUUAUAACGGACAGGCAAACUGGAAAAAGUCGUGGCUACGGAUUUGUAAGUUCCGCAGUAGCUUGAGUUCUAGUUAAGCUUCAAUCGAAAUUGAAGGUGGUGUUUACCGAUACGUUGAAUUUAAUAUAAAAAUAACGUGGCAGCACCACUAAAGGUACAGAAAAUGCUGCACUUAUAUGGAUAACUGUCACAUGCUCGCAGUCCAAACAGUUGUAACAAAGUUCCACUGCACUUAAGAUUAUAAAACUAACUCGAUAUUUGUCGUCUUUAUCUAAGUGCCUGGGGUAUAACUUUCCGUAUAGGAGUUUCUUUCAGAAACAGAUUGUCCAUGUCAAUUUAAUUUUAUGGCACCUAGACCUAUACAGCAUUACAAUUUCAGUACUUAUCUGGCGAUCGAUAUGCCCGCCAUGGCCUAUUGUUCGGAUUUUUCGAAAGGUUGUGAAUUCGGCGUAUGGUUCGGCCCUCAAUGCCAAACUAAUAACUCAAAAGCAGCAAAACUGGCUACAAGCGCAUAUUUGUAAUAAAUAAAAAUUUGAUUCAUUAGGAUGAACCUUACUCACAAAAAAUGAUGUUCGGGACGUUCGUGUCUUACAUCUAGUCAGAUUUUCAGAGUGAGAGAUGAUUGAAUGGUGUGACAGAGUCUUGGAACAGCUCUUUAAUUUUACUAUUCGAAGACAACUACCAAGAUACUUCAAAUUCCUUUAAAUGCAAAUUCGUCGAACAGCGGAAGUUAAAGUGCUUGACAUGCAGAAGUUCCACCUAGGAGAUCAUCUUACAAUAAAAUAACUGCCAAAGAAAAUCAUGCCGAACAAAAGUAGAAUUUAAGAGUUACUUGGGGCCUGGCGGCACGUUGAACCUUCCUUUCCGGAUUCUGAGCGUUCUCAAUCAAGUUUUUAAGCACAUUGAUCAUUAUUAAUUAUCCUCCUUACCCCAUUGCAAAAUAGCGGGCUUUAGUCACAGAUAUGCAAAACUCUGCGAAAUAUCACGAUAGAAAACAACAAAGGAAGUGAUUUUUUGGAAGGCGUCGCUAAAUAAAACGGCGGGAACGGCUGUAUUUAGCAUUCCUGUAAAAAUGGAUGGCAAGAACCGCAAAAGCAAAUAAUUCCGACCAUCUAACCGCUGCCAUGGUAGACAUGCUAGCUCACGAAAUUUUGACAGAAAUUCUGAAAUGUGUUUUAGUUCGAAAAGAUUACUUAAGUAACACUGUCAGAUUAACUAUCGUGUGGACGUAAUUUCCCACCAUGUCAGUUCAAGAAAGAAAAUUUUGUGCACUUUUUUAUAAAAUAUUUUUGAAGGUACAAGAGCGUUGAAAAGCAUUGUGAAAAUUCGUGCUACGUAAGUAGUCAUUUUUACAAGGGUGUGACUUUUGCAAGUGGCCAGAAAGAGGCCCUUUAAAAAUCUGGCAUCCUGACAGGUCUGGAAUAUCCUAGGAUUAUGCUGUACGACAAGGACCAUUGCAACCCUACCGAAGUACUGAUUUCAGAUAAAAAACACUUCAGGAUUUUGGUUAGCAUGUCUUGAGAUGUCACAUCUACUGUAUAUCAUGUCGCUUUUCUCUUUCGAUUCGCCACAAGGUCUUUCUUUCUAUUGACUCUGGUUUGGAUGCUCCAGCAAAAAUCACUUCGACUCAAAAAUAAGCAAUGUAUAUCAUUCGUGCGUCCAACAUCAAAUUUCUUAAAUGCCGUCAUAUUUCAGGCGUCUUAGGGACAUGUUCAGUAACCCUGCCGACCCACCUUUGCACGCAUAAAUUCAAAUUAUUUCAACAGUUCAUACACAGGCGGACUCCAGAGUCGGCCCUUAAUGUGUGAUCUUCGUUUACGCCCGCGAGGACAGGCUGAGAAUUCUGCGUGUCCACGCGUGAAAAAAGCGGUGACCGCAGGUGACGGUCUGCCGGUUUUGUCACCCGACCCCCUGCUACUGCCCAGGACAUGACAAAUGUCGUGUAAAUGACCUUUUAAUUCGCAACUAGAAACUCUCUUGGUUAUCCUGUGGUUUAGUAGAGCGCGUCUGAUUAGGCACCUGCUCAACGACUUCGGCUUGCUUCACAGUCUGUGGAAGUUGACCUGUUCGGCUCCUAUAUUUAAAAGCGGUCUUAGAAAAUUAGAUGGGGGCUUACAACUUGUCUUUACCUGGUUCCUGGUUAAGGGUAAUCAAGAGAGAGAGAGAGAGAGAGAGAGAGAGAGAGAGAGAGAGAGAGAGAGAGAGAGAGAGAGAGAGGUAUAUAGAGUCUAUUUUGCGAAAAUUUGUCUUGAAUUGUUAUUUGUAACACCAAGUCGCUCACAGUUCUAGAGUGAAGCCAAACCUCCUGUCGGGAGGACGAGAAAAAAGGCAGCAGUGACAUGCGCUUGGUGGUUAUGAGACUUUUCGAAAAUGGCGGACAUUCCAAAAAUUUCUUCAUUCAUACUUCUCUUCACACUUUAUCUGUUUUAGAGUUUAUACCCGGUCUUUCUAUGUGACCUCUACCGCAUUUACAUCUUUACUCACUAAAUAUAUUCACCAAUUCUUGAUUGUUGAAGGUAUAGUGAUUGCGUGAGUCCCUGAGGCUGACUUACAACAUAUUUACCAGACAACCUGCCUUGUGGACAAUUUCUGUUGUAGGUAUUCGUUUUAAAGUCACCAGGCCAAAAUGAAUCAAAUUCUCCGUGCUGUAACUCUCACCGGGAUGACAUUUUCCGUGUUAGUUUAGGGUACAGACUGCUAAACCGGUUAGACAGGUCGGAACCACAUCGGCUCACGGCACCCUUUGGUCGGACUGCAUAGUGUAUUUGCGUCCAUACCUAUCGUCAUAAAUGCAUGUGGCACGUGCUAGGUAGAGGCUCCUAAAACUGACCACGCGCUCAAUGAGCUGGACUAAAACAAGGGGCUAGAUCAGAGUCCGCAUGCGUUAUCGGGAAUGCGCACCCUUAACAAAAUGCCAACAUUCAGAGUUUGGUUGUGGACCCCCUUGCAGGCUCACGUCGUGCCAACUGAGAUCCCUGUCGCCCCCCACUUUUUUAUCAUUGAAAAUCAUGAUCAGAUGUUUGUGGUCGACCAGGGGUGUGGUGGUACGCCUAGGUGCGGGUUUUCACCAUGCCAGAAACUUGUGGCCUCCUGUGCUUCCGGUCUUCUUGACUUGGUUAUGACAACAGAUCCAGGUGAGGGAGGAGAGAGUGUGGCAUAUGAUGCGCAAGUCACCGUCCCUGCUCUCAUCCUUCUGUGGAGCACACGGUGGGUGUCGUCGAAAUCAACGGUCCAACUGUCGUGCAAAGGUCCAUAUCACGUCAGCAACUGCACGCAACCUCAUUUCCAGUUGGUUGACAGUCUCAAACAAGCCACUGAUAUAUGUCAGCGGGACGAGAGAAUAAGAGUGGGGGGGGGGGGGGGAGGAAGAGGGGGGGGGGAGAGAGACUGAGAUUGACAAUUAUGUGUCAGGGCUUUUGGUGCUGCGGCAAGCGCAGCCUGGUCAAUCACUGCGCACACGCCCAUCUACAGUUGUCCGGACCUUGUCUUGUCAUUGGGACAUGGCGGGCGUGCAAAGUGGGAGUGAGAUAGGUCCAGCCAGCUUUUGCUUUAUUAUAAACAGAUUUCCAAACAAACCAUCAUUGCGCAAUCAUUGGGACAGGGGUGAACCACGCGGCUGACGACGGUCAACCUAUCUAAUAUGUGUGUUCUUAAUUACCGGGUUCAAACUGACAGUAUGUGUAAAGUCAGAAGAUUCACGCAUACAAAGACCUGGUAGACCACUGCAAGAGACAGAAAUCAUACCCAGAGCAACAUACGGCGGUGUUUCCUGCCGACACAGUUAUUAACUCCAUAUCGUUUCACUUCUUACCGUUGGGCAGCGAUUCACAGUUAGGCCGCAACACGCUCCCCGUCGUGAGUCGACUCUUACUCGCCGGUUGCCAUGUUUCUCACAUGACCUCUACUAUAACCGGUUAUUUUGGUUUGAUAUUAUGAUCAAAGCACAUAAUUUGCACUUAGUUGCUCUUUUGCGUGGCCGGUCAGCGGGUAGUGAGGCCAUCAGCACGGUAGCUACCAAUGGCUGUCUGUCAGCUCAACCGCCAGAGGCCCUUCACCUGCUAUGUGGAGAAAAAUGUGACUCCUGUGAAAUCUCGGAAAGCUGUGAAGAGAAAGUCGAGUGAAAAGACAAGAUAAAGGGAUGAAGGGAAAGAAAUAGAACGAUGAAGAUUAUCAGAAAUAACGUGGGUAUGGCGAUGUGAUCCUGUUCUAGGUUCAUUAAUCCUUCCGACAGUUCGACCGUCGCAUCCGACGAUGUCCACCAUGUGCUCCACAGGCACGGUGACUUGCGCGUGAGUUAGUUUAUAGUGAUAGUUGAGACUUGGGCUGCAUCUGCCGCAGUCUCUCCUCCUCCCCCAUCUGGGGCCGGUGUUAAGACAGAGUCAAGAAGACCGGAGGCGGGGGAAGGCGCAAGUGGAUGGGAUAGUCGAGCCAGCACCUUGGUGCUCCACUCCACACCACCGUGGUUCACACAGCAAAUGAUCAGGUUUUUGGCCAACAUAAACAGGGUGAGGUGGCCGGGGUCUCAGUGUGCGCUACGAACGCCGGCAACCGGGUCUGAUACCGCACCCCGGAAUGUUCGCAUUUGUUAUGGUACGCAAAUCUGAUAACGUCAGCCAGAAUCCGAUAUGGUCCCCGUGCUGGUCCAGCGCAUCUACCACGUGGCCCGUUUGGGGAGCCUUCCAGGGUUAAUCUCUGAAACGCCGCCCACCAGUUGCUUCUUAGUAACACUAGUCUUCAGUCGUCACCAAGGGCUCUAAAACUGUAAUAGAACGCACUGAACAUCCCUCCUUACGGUACCAGACUCGCGAUUAAUUUUUUAUCAGCAAUAUAUGCAAAACAGGUAUGCAGAUUCCCAUCGGCAUCGCUUUUUAAUCGGAUAAUGACAUCGUAGGUACACCAGUGAAGCAAAGAUAACAAAAGGUAACUCUUGCCUUGGAUGAAUUACAGCCCCUGUGACCGUUCAUGCUGACCACAGAAGAACAUCCCUCUGGUCGGUGUAAAUUUCGAGAAAUACGCCGUCCUCUCACUACACCAGUAUAUACCAGUCAUCAAGAAAUCCUACUGUCUCUUCGACUGGUUCAGACCUAGCAAAAUAGGAAGUUUUGAAGGAAGCUUAGAGUCUGUCCUGCACUCCUUGAGGUGCAGAAUGGUUAAUCAGACCCCUCCCGAAGACAAAGAUCAUAUGCGGUACAGCGUUAAUUCCGAAUGUUUUUUUUUCUUCAGGUUACGAUGACCAAAAAAAGUGACGCACUACAAGCCAUCCGUGAUCCCAAUCCAUGCAUCGAUGGGCGAAAGGCGAACGUCAAUCUCGCGGUCCUUGGUGCAAAACCAAGGAUUGUAGCCGGAAGUAAGUUGGUGAAACUAACAAAAUUAGGACUUUUUAAUCCUCCCCCUCAUCAAGGAGCUCCUAAGCUCCUUAUUCACAAUAUGCGAACAACUUUAAAACCCGUAAGCGCGGACGCUAUUACGAAUGUCACCUAAGGCUACGUCCUAUUUGAGUGCCACCAUAUAUCCUCAGCCAUGGCUCGGCAAAUUUUCGCGAGGACAUACCCUGUGGUUUCUAGUCGGCUGGGCUUCAUACCCGAGUUUGAAUGGUUCUCUUUAGAUUGCGGAAUAAACGCCGCCAUAACUGCACUGCCUACAUCUCGGCCUACUCUGCCACUUAUGCCAACAAGACCUUUAGGUGCAAGCUAUGUGCGCACGCUAGCACUUUCCACAAAGUGCAAAACCCAGUCGAAGAGAAAAUCGAUUUUUCAUCUGUUGGACGUGGUUCACAAAUGGAGCCGACAAAACUGUUUGUCCUGUUGAUUGAGAUCCCACACUUGACGCUCUCUACUCCAAGCUGGCCUCAGCUCUUCAACAUGCCGAUUCGAAGUAAACCUAAGCACAUGCACCUAGUUGUCAACUUUCUUUGAAAAAUUCAUCUUAAAUUAACAAAAAUCUGAAUUUUCAGGGGUAAGCGCGUCGAGGAAAUCUUGCGCUCUGAAUACCCCUCGAAAAUCUGAUGAUAGACAUUAGGUUCUUUUUAACUUUUCUCGGCAGGAAUAAAGUACGUGACCGGGGUCAGAAAAAGGUAACCGGUAGAGCGCGUCUUAUGAAAAUGGUGGUAAUAGGAGCUAUACGGCUGGGGCCUCACAACUAGAAUUUAAAACACCCUGGGAUGGAAAUUGAAAAAAGUCAAAAACUACAAUGAAGCUUUGUCUGAGGUAAGAUAGUAAACGAAAGUCAACCCCGUAAUUUAAAGAACAAUAAAAAACGACUAAGCAGUAAUCGCAGAGGUAAAGGAGUAGGUCGUUUCGUAAUAUUCUCCGUUAGUGCCCGGACAUGACGGCGAGUUGGGCGGUUAUAAUAUGCAUUUAAAAGCGCCUCUUGAAUCCCCUCAACCGCCGCCAACCCUUUGGCGUUUACUUAAUCAUUACAUGUGGUGGGUGUAGAACAAUGAGUCUACAUAGGCAUUUUUGCAGCACCGCGUAUUCGUGGUGGUUUAGUUCAAACAAUAUCAUCCUGCCGGGAUUAGGACCCUUGAAAGGCGUGACUGAAUUCCGACCAAAACUGCUGAACAAUGCUAUAUUGAUAAAUUUAGUGGGCACUACUUGAUAGUAAACCUACCUUUGGUCGUUCGGCCGAGAGAAAUUUAACAUUCUCAGAUCCGAUGCUUGUGAGUAGGAUAUUUUAAUGGCUCUCCAUGAGGUAUCGAGCAGGCCUUGCUGUCGCGAAAUCAGGAUGUGGAGAAGAAGGAUGCUUGUCAUUUCUACAGUACACAAUAAUUACCUUGAGCCAACUUCAGUUGAGUUAUUCGCUAAAUAAACAUGUAGGUGAAACACCUGUUUAAGUGAGCAGUUCCUAUUUAAAGGUCCAUCAAAAUAGAACCGGGAGAGUUUACAAUGAGCAUGAGCAGUACACAGGGUUGCAUACGACAACUAUGAGUUGUGGAACACUUAUUUCACAGGUGAUUUGGGCAUGGUUUCAUAUGCCUAAAAGACAGAAGCUCUGGGCGGUAUUCUUUUAGACUAGGGUCGUCAUAUACCAACCCCAGAAGAGCUAGUGCAGGGGCGAUGUAGGCGUUCCAUGUAGUAAGUUACCGACGAGAAUCGCAAGUGUCAAGAUACGUACCCGGGUUUCUGUUAACUAACACAAUUACCAAUUCUUUCCUUGGCUUUUUGCGAUUAAGUGUGACACAAAGCUACCCUAGGAAAUAGCAUUUAUCAGAUGACUGACAGAACUCUACCUAACCUAGGGUACGUCUUGCGUGCCGUCUAAAAAUCCAUUUCAAUUUAAACGCUGGUCUGUUUUGAGUAGCUCAUGCACUUGAGAUCUCUGAGACUCGGACAAUAACUUGAGGUCUUUGGGGGGCUAACGCAGAAGACCAGGGCUACCAAACCGAUUAACACUGAUUACUCUUUUUCACAUAUCACUAGGCUCACAUCUUCUUCCAAGGGAAGAAUUUUACCGUACCCACCUACAUAUCUUACUUUUGACUAUUUGACCUUAAAACGUAUUCCUCGGACGCCGCGUAACGCACUUUUUUUACGAAAGUCGACCCCGAAAGCACCGACGCAUUUGGAAAUCUCCAAAAGCCGUCCAGAAGUGUCAGCUCGUCGUCCUAGUCAUUUUCCGGGCCGGGAAGGGAGAGAGUUAAAGGCAACCCGAGACUGCGGUUCGCUAUGAAUGAGAAACAUCUGUAAGGAGUACGAUGACGUAGGAUCUGGGCUCGGUAUCGCCAGCUGCACAUCAUAUGAACAUACGGUCUACUUAUGACAGCAAACACCUAACUGGUGGCGACCCAAAAAAACAAUCUCUCACUUUCAACUGGUGCAUUUCCAGCGCACUUGGAAUGCUCCCAGACUUAAAAAAUGCACUCGCGUGUGGCACGUGAUGCCAAUGUGAACAUGCGGCCUGGUAGAAGUCCACUCCUAUCGAGGUCUUCUUCUACCUCCUUGGAUCGGAAAAUAAGGCACUGUGAGGAAGGAGACUCGGAGGCUGGAGCAGGGACUCUCUCUCUCUGACGUUUUGAGCUCGCCCAGGGCAAUAAACGUCAGUAACUGGAGUUGGCAGACGCCAGUGAACGCCUAAUAGAGUUAGCACUCGCAUUCAAUGCAAGGGUUUGUACUUGUCGCAACAAUUCCUUGACUGCCUGGACCCCAGACGCUAAUGCCCACCACUUCAUCACCAGCACCGAUGGCUGGCAUGAUAAUGAUUCGACAAGUUUGUUUAGCGGUGUCGCCACAUCAAGCAACCAUCGCACACCCGUUUCAUGUGUCCUACUUUAGCCAAAGUAAACUGUUCUAGCAGCGCGGGUUUAAAGCUCAACAGCCUGGGGCAGUACUCGAGCCCAUCAUGCUGAGAACAAAACAAGAGUAAGUAGAUUUUCAGCUAGCGGUUUUGGCCUAAUUUUAGGUCGACAUGUGAGAAGUCUUUGAUGCAGCAGGCUGUGUGCAGAGACCUCCCGUUUUUUAAACUUCCUCCGAGCAUAAACUUCAAGCGGACCACCAAGACAAGCCCACACACCUAAUGAGUAAUGCGCACUCCGUGGGUAAACAAAGUCUGAGUACACUUAUUUGAAGUACAAAAAAAUUUGGUCUCGGAGUAGGAGUCACUUUAAUGCGGUUUGCGUUGCCAAACUUUGCUAGCUUCAAUGACUCUGUGGAGUAAGUAACUGGAAUAUUUUGAAAAAUUCUGGAUAACGGACCAAACUUCUCCGAAUCAAAAUCCUGUUCAGUGGACAGGGAACACCAUUGCAUCCAUUAUCCCUACUGCAAAAAGUGGUUUCUUUAAGCUGUCUGUGCAUCGUUUAUUUGACAGAGCUUCACUGUUCAGCACUAAUGUCUUUUGAGUGAGUUCGCUGAGUAAGGUCUACUACGACAAGAAGGCAUCAAAUAUCUCUCUGCUAUAAAAAAGGCCAUUUUAAUAAGGUUCGCGUUUUCCCCAGUGUGGCGCCUGGUAAUCAGCCCAGGUACUGGAAACGUAGUUCAUGAAUAUGAUGCAAAUUUAAAGUUCAAAGUCUACUCCUCUUUGAUAUAUAGCGUCUUUGGCUCAGGGGGUUUGCAACUCAACUUACGCGAAACAUUGAAUUUAGGUAGCUAUAGGCUUCCAUUUGGCGGUAUCUGUCAGUGGCUUCAGCGUUCAGACGUAAAGAACUCAAAACGACCUUACGACGCCUUGAAAAUGCAGGGGAGGGAAGAAAUCGACCAAUGUGACUUGAGAAUGGUUGGCUGACCUUUAUGUUCGAAAUUUUCCUCCCUUAAGAAUUGCCUCCUCUACCUUCUCAAUUAAUAAAAAGAUUACUCCGAAAUCAACUGUGAGGUAAAUUUAGCACAGCCAGGGGAGAGGGUUACCUCCUACAGCAGAUAUUUACUUUUAAGUGGCCCCCGCUUCUUCGGGGCAAACAUAAGAAGUUUUUUUCGUAGUUGCGAACUUUGGCUGUUUGUGCGUGGAAGACUUGCGGUAAAUAAACAGCUGACCGGAACAAACAGCACAAUUGACUUGAAGCACUUAAUGCUGGUUUAAUUGCUUUAAUUCUACUCCAGCCUAAUGAGUAAUCCCGUCUGGAAAAAAUUAAUGCAGUAAUAUCCUUAGCAGACUUGCGUUGAAGCCUAUUGACCUUCCAAUGAGACAAAAUGUUGAGCCCUGUUCAGUGUCACAAUUUGUUGGCCCACAUUUUCUCAAUCUGAUGUGCACGACUACCUGUCAAGUUAGCAGUCCAAUUGAAAGUUCUUUGAGAGUGCCGAUGUUGUUACUGCUGUUCGCAGGUCUUUUACAAGAUUCGUUUCAAGGUAUGGCCUUUUUAACGGCCCAUACAUGCCUUAAAACCCUUUGAUUUUCGACAGAAUAUUCUGUGAAAUGGAGAUAACAACCAGUGCUUUGGCCGGUUUCGUCAAGUAACAGACUCCUGUCGACCAGUGUAUCCGCGGUCCAGACUCAGUGUCGAAUGACCGCGUUGUUUUACCAUGGAGGCUCGUGUCUAUCGCAUCUGUGCGCUGCGCUGUGGGGUGAGGGGUGGACCGCAUCUGACGUGAGUAACCUCCAUCAUCUUGUCGUUGUGGCGACCACGGGGGGAGCUGAGCCGCUAGUUCAACCCCACCCCCACUACCGUUCGCCCGCAUUCACAGACUAGUAGCCUAAGACUGUCCCGCGCCACGGUUAUGCAAUGUCGGUGAGCAAACACGUGCACAGAAGGUCGACGGCGUGGGCGAGGGCGGUGAAGAUUGACUGACCACUUCGUUAUGACUACUCUGCCAGCCAAGCGGACAAAAGCCUUCACAACGCAAACCAUCACCACCCCUUAAACGGACAUCACCAAAGGUCAGUCAAGUGGCUACGGAAGGCACGCGGUCCUCGGUUUCAAGCACACGCGUGUCAUGCAGGUACUCCGAAACAGAUUUCUGGGUGGGUAAGAGGUGAGAGAAGAGGGGGUUGGUCGUCCACAGUGCAUGGUGCUUUAGUAACAACUCGGUGUUUAAUCUAGUUUCCUCGAGACCUCCACAAAAAGUCGUUCACCAGAUGACCGUGUUGGGUGAUAGUCGUUCCGGCAGCACUAUGCACGUUCCACGAAUACUAUAUGUUUGACAGAGUUCGUUUCGCGUGCUUCGCAAUCGAAAAAAGCUUAAUGCAUUCGCUGCACAGUCUGAGAAAGAAGCAUAUCACCUGACCCACAUCCGCUCUUGACAGAGCUUCAAGGCAAAACGGGCGAACAUGUCCCGUAGCCCGUCUGGUGAACGAAAUUCCAACAUAAAUGAGUAAAAACUGCAUAUAUUUGGAAGCACAAAAGUGAGAUGAUUAUUAGUUAAACAAGGAGAUAGUUCCUCAUGAGCAAACAUUUUAUCUGAAGUUACAGGACCCCUCUGAGGACGCACUUGAUAAAUACGCAUAUUCUCGAUUCCAGUGGAGAGUUAUUGCUUGAAAGACCUUUACAUAUCUCUUCUUUUACAUGUAAAUACGCCACUGUUCAGUUAUAAGAAAAAUUGGACCGAAUAACAAACGGAUUCCAAACAUGUGUUACCAUACAAAAGUAGAUAUUACCUAAAAGACAUCAUAGACUAACUUGUUACGCCUCUGCAACUUGAUCUGCAAAUCGCAAAUGACCUUGAGCAAUUGUGUCGCCAACGUGCACGACUGUGAUUUUCGCAGAAUUCUCUACGGAACCCGAAAUAUACUUCAGUCACAUGCCUGGCUUAUUCUAGAUGCUUGACAUCCUCGUAGGAAAUAGGUUGACGCUCACCUACUGGAAGUAGUUAUGUCGGUCGUUUUUAUUCAGGCGCUUGCCGGUGAACUCACGAAUAAACGUCGGAAGUUGGUUCAUCUUAAUUCAGCCUCGCUGGGUCUGAAACUUACUGCCAGUUCCUAAGAGGGGGAACCAUACGGACUUGUUGGCGCAGGUAGCAUCAAACGCCACCUAUUUUCACUUUGAUCAUUAAAAUUUUAAAGUCCGUCGAAACCAAUAAUCCACGUGCCUCAAAAAAUAAGACCAACCACACAUUUUGCAGUAGUUGUUGGUAAGCCAAAGGAAUGACAGUAAGUUGCUUUGCUGAAAACUUCCACAUAUUUCAUAGCACAUACCGUUCGGCACUUUGCGAAGUUGGAGGUUGAGUACGACAAAAAAACUGUUAGAUUUGCAAGUGUUUUAUUACAAACGUAAUAUUUGCUGAUCCACUUAGUUAUUUAAGCCUUUGCGCGCGAGUUCGUUAUCUGUGAAAAGUCGUCAACCAAGAGUUUUGUCAGGUAAGGCGUACGGUCUGACUUUUUACGAUGGACAUGGGAAAUUGAAAUUCCACUUUUCCAUUUUCUCGAGACAUUUUCCAAUUGCCCACUGGCGCAAAACGAACAAGCCAAACGCACCUACUUGAUAGCCGUAAUCACCGCACUGGGUUGUGAGCCACACACAGGUUGUCGUAAAUUAAUCUUUUUUUGCAUUUUAGUGGCUAAUGCGUCCAGUUUACUGGCAAUGGCGAACGGGUACGUGUUUGAUUUUAUGUAUUAAGUGAAACGUGUUUUUUAGCAUAUCCUGCUUGCUCGUUUAAAACGUAUAUGUUAUCGAUACUGCACAUGCGAUGUUUGUUGUUCACGAAGGGCCGUUGCCCGAAAAAGACGCGGUCGGACGAUAUUUUCCAUGAGGGUUGCAUACAAUCAGUCCGGAAACACAGCUAAUCAAACCAAGGGCGAUUUGACAAAGCCUCCAAAUCGCGUAUAUUUGGACUUCUGCGGGCUCAAAUUGUUAUUUACCGAGUUUCAUGGUCGAGGUAGUGUUUCAUCGUUUAAUUAAACUACGUAAAAGCAGCUAAGUAGACCGAAGCCUCAACCCACUGAGAAAUGGCUAAAGUGAUCGCCAGAUUAUAGAACCAAAGUUAAGAAGUCUCUCCUGUGAAUUUUUAGAGCCUAACGGCUAAUCCCAACCUGCCUCUGUAGAGCGAUGCAUGUAUGUAGUAGGAACUGAAGUGCUCGAUGUGUAAGCGGCCCGGCAGAGAACGACCGUUUUCCUUUUCAGACAGGAAAGUUGGUAGCCUAUCGUUAGAGGUCCUUCAACUGAAUGUGCAUAUUCACUACAAAUUCCCGAAUGAACCCUCUACCAUAAAAAUGUACACAGAAUUAUCUGCGAUUCGGUCAAAACAAGCAAAAAUGAACCACUCACGCGGGAGGUCCAUGAGCACUGCAUAGCCUUCCAAGGCUACAUUCACAUCAUCUGCUUAUGAGAAAUCACAAAGUGAUAUAUGAAAUCGUUUCAGGGACUUGUUUAAGCAGCCACGGCAUACAGUAUCUGUUUUCGUUAACUGAAAUGCAUGCUUGAACCGUAAAUCCAGGCGCGCUGACUUGUUAGAUAAUUGAGUAGAUAACGUAGAGUGCAUGGGAAGGAUUCCAAAUACUGUUGCCUCAGUUAAGAUCAGGAUGGAAAAUUUUGAAAGCUUUCUGACCACUUUUAUGUGUAGUAACCGAAAUGGUUUAUGUUACGCAACUGCAAAACAUCAAGUUGAAGAAUAUUCAACUAGGAAAGGUCAACCUACUUCAAAUGUGAACAAGAUUCGGUCUUUUGGAAACCUUAAGUGUCUUAACAAAAAUCAUCGAAUCUUGUUUUCCUGAGAACCGUUCCCCUAGAAAAACAUCCUGACUUUUGACACGCUGUUGCACGUCUUCUGACUGAAAACGUACAUUCGUAUAUGUGAGGAUCUUGAUAAACCACCACGCGUUUAAAAAACCCGGAAAUGAUAGUUCAUGUUAUUUAAAAAGAGUUGGGAAGGUAUGAAGUCGAGGCUUCUUGUCACAUGACAUUGUUUAUAUCACAUUCGGGCUGAUGGCUCAAUGACUUCGUUUUCUGUCGCAGUAGCCCUAAUAUUUCCUUAUCCCGCCUAAAUACGGAUCAGAAAUUCCCUCCAACUAACCACACUGGCAACAAGCUUACGUCAUCCUCCAUCUCUUAGUUAAAACUGGACUACACAGUCGGCGAUUAAUAAGCUGCGUGAGGACAAGAUGAACCAGCUUUUUCCCUGUGGAGUACUAGGGUUGAUUCCACACUCUUAGAGACCUCAAUAAGUGAAUCAGCGGUAAACCAACAUGACAAUUUACUGGGUCAGGUAGUAAGAUGCUGUGUGCAUGCUGCGGUUCCGCAAGUGUUGACACGCUCUCCUUGGAUCUUUAAUGUUAAGUGAAGUGCGUCUGAGGAAGCCUAGAAAUUGAAUACUUGCAGCCAAGGUUGCUUCACUGGCAAAUGUUUUGUGCCCAGGAGACUGAUGUUGGUAACACUACUUAAGAGAGAUAACGCGAUUCAAGCACGACUUAAAAUAGAAUUCCUUCGAAAGUGUUACUAGACCAACAUGUUCUGGUAAACAGAAAGCGUGAAGCACAGCCACCAUGAACCACUAAUUUUGUUCUUCAGGGAGCAAGUAACAACUUUUCCUCUAGUUGAAUUGGGGAUAUUUUGACAGUUGUAGACUUUCAGGCCUUUUACAGGCUAAUAAACAAAAUACUCUCCUGUGAGGCUGAUUCAGUUCUGCAUAAGGCCAUUGUUGUGUGUCGACCACUGCAUGCUUGCUGAAUCAGCGACGAAAACCUCCUACUCGGAGACCUUUUAAAAUUUAUGCAAAUUCAUACUUGUGUGGGACUCGGAAAGGCGGUCCUGCUUGAUCAAAGAAUUAAUAUUUUCGUACUAUUACUGACUAAAAUGACAAACUAUCAUCCAGCUGCAAUUUUUUAGUUGCUUCAAAUUAUCUUACUACUUACUUAGGCAAUGCAAGGGUUCCUAUGCUUCCCUUCCGUAGAAUUAAUUGGUGAAGUAUAUAUAUAUAUAUCUAUAUCUAGGCGCAUACACCUAUCGUGUUGGAAGUGAUUUCGGCAAUCAGGUUGUGGGACAUGCUCGCGCCAUUGCGAAUUGGAACUCGCUUUCGUAGGCAAUCCAACAACAAUAAACAACUAUACAGAUUGAGGAGCAGUUACCUAGAAAAAGCCGUCGUCAGCCAGCCAUACCCAGCUCCAUGUCUACACGAACUGGGAUUCAAACUGGGGUUAUUCGGUCAAUGAGCAUUACGAAAUCUGACGUUCUACUGUUGAACCAUGGACAAGACUUGUCGAUUGCGAUCGGGAACAUAAGCGGUGGGGGGAGUGAGUUCGUCGACUGGUGCGCGUCCAUCUCAAUCUCCCCUGUCUUUGUCGGUACACUCCCAUCUUCAUAUAUACAUGAGAUGGCACUGACAAAGACAAGGGAGAUCAGAAUGGCCAUUUCUGGUUUAUUAACCGUCAUCAGCCAGUCAUACCCAACCCCAAGUGUGGGUCAGUGGAGAUUUGAGUCGGGGAUCUUUGGUCAGGGAGCUUGACACUCCACCACUGAACCACGGGCCCCUUGUCCGGUCGAUUGUGAUCGGGAAUAUCAGUUAUGACAGACGGGUACUCACCCAUCAGGUUAGGUAACGUGCUCGUUUCGGUGUAUUUUGGCGCUCAUACUAGAACCCUCGCAGGCAGUCGCACAGCGACUAGUAGUAGAUAUAAAUAAGAUGGUACCGACAGACACUAGUCGCGGUGUUGUUGCGUUUUCAAAAGAAAGCUUUGGAGUAUCUUCCCUGACAAUAGUCAAGGCCUUCUGACACUAACCGUUGUCGACUGAGAUUGAUUUAGACUCCUUAAAUAGCAAGCAUUCAUAAUGUGGUCAUAAAAGGAGCUGCUUCUCUAUAGAAAAAGUAAACUUCAAUCACAGACUCCUCCAACGACAACAAAUUUCAAGCGCCUGACGCUGGAAAGUCUGUGAAAUAUGUGCACGAUGUGUGGCACCGUGUGCUCACAAGCGUUUAGUCCUAGAACCACUUUAACGAUCUUCUAUGUUCAUCCAGGACCCUCACGCGGGGCGCUUAGGAUCACCAUAAAGGUACACAAUUAAACCGCUUGUCUCUCUGGGUGCAUGCCUCUGUACUGAUUGUCGUUACCCCUCCCAUUUCUUCUGCUCUCACCCCCCUGUGCAGUGCUUUGAUUUGACUGAACCGUCUUCCUCCCUCCACUUGACUCCACUUUUUCCUCUGUUCUCUCUCUCUCUCUCUCUCUCUCUCUCUCUCUCUCUCUCUCUCUCCCUGUUGUGCAUUUGUCAGCUUGGGGGAUUUUGUUCUUCAUGUUUGCCCAUGCCUUGGUAACCAAUUAAUUCAGUUUCUCUUACGUUUCACAGUUUGUGCGCGUGGCAGAUCGGCCUAAACGUGAUGUUGCUUUUAAGCUUCUACCGAUAUAUAUAUGUGUGUGUGUACAUACCGCCAUCCAAACCCUCCUUUCCUCUUAUUACUCUAGUCUUUCGUUUACUUAAUGCGCUUCCACUUCCUCUGAUUUGCGUUUUCAGCCAAAGAGAGAGACCAUGAUUGCCGUGUCACCAUUUUCAGUGAUCACACAGCGCUUUUGGUUAUUUUGCACCCCUCAUUUACUGUCCCACCGCUUCUUGAUCCCUAGAGCCACAUUUGUGCAUUUCUGCUGCAGAGUUCGACCUAGUUUACAUACUUCGCGCUCAGUUGUGUGGCCUUCGCCUUCAUCUCUCUUAUUAAUCAUGAUUUUAAGCGCCAUUUCUGAACGCGAAGUUGAGUCAAAAAUGCGCGAACUACGGCCAGCAGUCCCAUAUAGUGAGAGUGAAGCAUCACAAUUCCAGUCAGCGCCAGGGAGAAGGUGGGCCCCUGUGAAGGUAAUUACAUGCCGGUGGCUGGCUUGGUGUCUUUGACCCAUGGCAACUGUGGGACCUGUACGAAAUUCUUCUGUGCGCAUAGGACCGGUCGGCGUAGCCUGAUUGCAGUCGCCUCUGCCGUAGCCAACAAGCGCUGCCCAAGCAGUUUUGGAUAGCUUGAUGGGACCUUUUAAAUCACUCUGAAGGCCUCUCUGGCGUCUACAUGAUUGUCCGUGUCUACCAUGUGCGCGAGGAUUGAGCUGUUGAUGUUCUUUAUUUGACCCUUUCCUCGCCGUGCUGGAAGAUGUUCUUGUAUUCUUUUGGAUAGACGCCGGCUCGUGUGACCAAUAUAUUGUGCCCCACAGGAUCAAGGGAAGGAGUACAUACACAUAGAGGUGGUCUGAGCCGUUAGUUUGUCCUUGCCCUCUGCGUAUAGGAUGGGAUUGGUGGAGAACAGUACACGGGUGUCAGCUGCUGCAAAGGUCUGUGAUAAAGCUUGAGUUAGGCGUUUUCUUAAAAGUCCAUUGGGCGCGUCCCCUGGAAGUAGGACCCUGAUGAAGAUCCUUUUCUUUCCUGCCGUCACUAUCGGGGGCUUUUGUGGCCUUUCGGACAUGUUCUUAGCAAUUAAUCGAUCCGAAUACCCGUCCUGGCGAAAAAGGCUUUCGAUGAUCCUAAGCUCUUUAGAAGGCGAAGAUGCGAUCAUUGGAACAAGAAAGUUAUUGGCCUGACGUUUCGGAUUCUCACUCGAAUCCAUCAUCAGAGACAGUCGCAGACCACGCUAUCUCAACGCUACCAGCUGAGCAGGUUCUUCUCACUCUUUCUGUCAGACAGCGGACUAAAUUACAUUUGACGUUUAGCGAUACGAAACUCCAAGAAUGGGUGUAUUGUCUAGACCACGUUUCCUUCCGACAGACGCUACGUCGAAUGCUGUCGUCAGGCCUUCUUUCCAAGCUGUCAUUUUUUCCUUGAUUAAAUUUAUACCGGGAAACAGUGCCUCCUACUUGUUGUUUGGAUGGCAAAUGUCGAUCGGGAAACCGAAACCCACGAAGAUCACGUGCUGCGCAGCAGUGAGUGUGAGAUCAUGGAGUAUCCGAAGAGGGGAAGCUUUUCGUGGCCACUAUUCUCAGAUUAUUCUUUAUAAAACAGCCUCGAACCUCAGGAGCAUUCAUAUCUGGCAAUGUUAUAUGCGGAAGAGGGGCCCUCAGAUAUUACCUUAGAAGACUGGAAGCAUUCAUUUGGUGCAAAAUACUCUGCCGUUUCCAAUGACUGCAACACUGGACCUUUCUGUGUGGACAUUUGUUUUACCUGAUUAGGUUUGUAUCAUUUUGAAGAGCAGAAUUCGCCCUAUGAAAUGGAUUCCAAAUCCAUUUAUACACCCUUACAGUUUACGGCUGAAAACAGAAGUUUAUUUUUCACAAACUUAAUGUCUGGUUUUAGAUCGCACACACUGACUAUAUAUGAAAAGUCAAGUUCACUGGCUAAGCCUUUCUGGGUGGAUUUAGUUGUCAAACCUUUUGCCUUAUUUCAAAAGUGGGAAUGGCAGUGACUCGUUUAGCACUUGACCCUGUGAUUUUUUAAAACAACUGAUGUGCAUGUAAUACUCCUGACUGAGUAGCUACCAACAAUUCAAGCCUUUCAAACGCUUCGAAGAAAACCCGUGACUUGUCGGCACACGCUUUAAUCACUUGUUUUUGAAAGGCAUUCUUGUUGCAGGGCCCAAUUAUGAGGACCUUUCAGAUAUUUUUAAAAGAACUCGAAAUUAUGUCGCACUAAAGAGGAAAAUUUCACUUGUUUUCUCCUAUUUUUACACUCCAUAUCCGACUGAACUUUUCGGUACUGUAUAAAAUGUUUGAGCCUCCUUUAGAUAACCUAAUAAACGCCAAGUUGUAUUUGUCUCCGUUUCCAUAAGUAGGUCACACGACUGCAACAUUCGGACACAAUUGUAACAGCCGCCACUUUGAAUGUGCAGUCAAGCGGGCUAAUUUUCUACUGAUCGUAGCCAUUUCUUCCUGCAAAUAAACACUUUUCUGUAUUCUGUAUUGCACAUGCAAGCGCACAUUCUAGGUUUUACGUGAAUUGCCCAUAAACUAGUUUAUCAUUUCAAUUCUAACCGCUGCUGAUGUGUGAUGUGGCCUGCAUUUUGAGCAUGGGUUUCCUCGGUGACACUUGAAGUAUUUUCUUGUGAAACAUUUGUGCGGAUCACGCUAUACCAAGCCGGUGCAAGUUAUCUGCAAUCCUUCUAUUAACCCUCUCAAUCUGCCCUCAGAGAUUCAACCCUCCUGAACCCGCUGCUUCAGCAGACCAUGACAACGCCGGCUCUGCUAGGCCAGGGGCAAAUGAACCCAGCAUUACUCUCCAGCCUGCUGGCCAUGGGCGCAGGCAGUAUGCCUCUGCUGCCUCCCGCGACCGGUUCUCGAAUGAUGCCACAAACCGGCCAGCUUCCUCUCUCAGAACUACAGGGUAAUCCCUACGUGAAUGCCGCUUCCAUGGGCGUGAACCCUUAUCUCCUGGCACAGAUGCUCUACGCCAAUACCCAAAACCCACAUCAUCUUCAACAGCAGCAACCAUUUGUCAAUCCCUACCUGCCUCACGCCCUGGAUGCUCUCCAGUUUGGACAGGGUAUGCCUACUUAUGCGACCUCCAUGGUCAUGCCGUUGGGUGGCACUGCCACUAAUGCAGCGGCUGCUGCGUCGGCCAGCAACAACGCUCAACAACAGUUGGGCGCCGCCAGCCUCAUGGGCCUAAACCCACUCUACACUGGGGUGUCAGAGAGCUCCGCGGGCGGCAACAGUGGCGGGGUGGGAGCAGCUGAGGGCAACGGUGCGGCCUGUUACCACCCCCAGGUCGUAUCUGGCGACAUCUAUGGUCAGCUCGUCUCUGCGGUCUCGGGGCCGCCCUCGAAAGGUCUGAACAACGGGGCGAUGAGCUGGCAACAACAGCAACAAGCAGGUCUUCCCGUGUUUCAGGUGCCGAAUGCCAACAACGGUAGUGUCCCGACCUCUCUCAACGGUGCCCUGUCGUCGGUAAUGUCAGGCCAGAAAAAUGAAGGAGGACCGGCAGUCGGCACGGCGACGACGCCGGCUGCGGCAGCCGCAAAUACCAGUCUCCUCUCCUCUUCCCCCAUCCGAGCCAUGACCAGUCAGAUCUACGAGCAGAUGCAGGCCGGUCGGACCGGUGAGGCCACAACGGAAUUAAGCACGGGCAGCGGCUUACGCAGUUUCAUGUAA